UCAUUCACUGGCAUUAGAUUUGCAACGUAAACGUCUGCCAAUAUUUAAAAGUCGCUCCGAAAUAAUUUAUCUAUUAGAAAAUUAUCAAACACUUGUCCUGAUUGGAGAAACCGGCUGUGGAAAAAGUACCCAAGUACCUCAGACACUGGUAGAAACAUUUUGAAUUAUAGAUAAAUUAUUUUAAAUUAGUCAUCUAUUGUACAUUGUGAUUAAUACGUACUAUUAUUAAUACUAUUACUAUUACAAUUAUUAUUAUUAUUAUUAUUAAUAUUAAUGAAAAAUUACUGAUGAGUACAAGUCACGUAUUUAAUUAAUGGCAAUUGAUGAUGAUAAGAAACGUUAGAUAAGAUAAUACAUUGGAAAUAAAAUUAAAAAAAAAUUACACAUAUUGAUAUAACAAAAAAAAAAUACUCAUGGACAUCUGACACAACACUUGGACUUCCGGAUAGUAAACACGUUAUUAAGUUUAAAAGUUUAUAAAACAUAAUAAUAAUAACAAUGGCCCACACGAUAGAAAAACGUUUGAUAUUAUCAUUUUUUGUGGUAUAUAUAUUUUUUUGUGUCGCUAUGGAUCUACGUAUGUACUAUCGUAUACAAAACUAUUCAAUAAGACCGACAAAAGAUGGAUUUAAAUAUGAGUCAACUGUACCAUGUGACUUAAAUCCAUUUUGUAUCGUGACAGUAAAAGGUUUGAUGCUGGACUACUUGAAUUUUUAUGUACUCGGACCACUUGCAGCCCUCACUGACAGAAUAUUUUUGUUAAGUAAAUGGGAAUGGUUGUCACCAAACUACAUAAGUUUAUUUCAUGUACUUAUUGCCUGUCUGUCGGGUAAAUUAAUUUCAAGUAAAUCAUUACUGCAUCGUAGAAUUGGUGUUGUGGUUUAUCAAGUACGUUCAUGGUUGGAUGACGUUGAUGGAUUGGUUGCAAGAAAACGUAAGCAUAUUGGCGGUGAACAUUCAGAUGUUGGAAGUACUGGUUAUUAUGUUGAUGCUCUAUGCGAUUCACUUGGAAGUGUCGCUCUCAUUAUUGGAAUAUAUUAUUAUCUAAAGUCCACAUCAUCUAAUCGAGGACGAGGUGAUUAUGUCAGAUUAAAAUCCUCGGUAACUUCUAUUGAGGACGGAGUUGUUGAUCCAUGCAUUGAUAAAAAAAAAAUACGUUUUAAUAAUAUUGUACCGACAUUGUUAUUAUUUACCGGGACGUUGAUUGCAUCAAGUUUAGCAUGGAAUCGUUAUAUUGAUUUGUAUCAAAAUUUGUUGGAAGGCGAUUAUCAAGUGUCGGCAGCUAUUACAGAGGAUGCUUUUUAUUGCAAACAAACAGAUGUGAUACGGAGCAAUUUUUUUUGGGUUGUAACGACGGCAUGGAAACUUAUAAAUCCUCAUGCUUUGACUGAUUACAUUUUAGUUGCUAUAUUUAUUGAUAAACUAUGGGGAUACAUAUACUCCGUCCGCUGGGUUGUUUAUAUUGUUAUAUUUAUUUUUGUUUAUCUUUCUGACUUUUAUUACAUACAAAAUUAUAGAUAUAUAUGGGGUAUUGAAUCUCCGGUUGCUGUUUCUGUUGAAAAUAUCAGUAACACAACUUUGACGUAAUUAAUCAUUUGAUUUAUUUAUAUUGAUCUACUGAUAGGGGUUUUGAUAAUUAAAAUUUUUUUUAAUUUUAUGCAUGGGGUUGACCAUAAAAAAAAAUGAAAAAUUUUCUUUAAUUAACAUUUUAAUCAUAAAAAUAAUUGAAAUUAAAAUGCAGCGUAAAAAUAUUUGCGUCGCAUGCAGGUAAAUAUUUUUUUUUUGUAAUUUAUUAUCUUUAUUGAUCAGUUUAUUCCAAGGAGAGUAAAGAACUUGAUUGUUAGCUUCUUUGCCUUGUCAGUAACCAGCUUUCUAUAUAUUUUAUUUAUAAAUUUAUUUUAGAUUUAUUAUUAAUUUUUUUUUAUCCAUCAAACGGAUUUAUUUUUAAUUAACCCUUCGUCCGUCGCGUUAUGAACGCAGGGCCGCAAUUUUUAUUAAAAGAUUAUUUGAAAAGAAAAAAAAAUUUCCGAGUCCUGUGAAACUUUAUAAGUUCUUCUACUGUACUUUUUAGUAUCGAAUGAAUGAAUGAUAAUUAUUUUUUCGAUAUUUUAAAUAUUUAAAAAAUAAUUUUUUUUGUUAGAAAACCUGAGAAAUGCGGCGAUGUUCCGCUGACGCGAGUAAACUCGGGAGUUGAAUUUGUUCGGAUUUUCUGCGCAGUGAUGCCAGUUGCCACCAGUGACUUUUUUCGAGAUCAUUUAAUUCAUCUCUUUCUUUAAUAUUUUUAUUUAAUACAAAAAUUUUAAAAAAUUUUACUCGUAUAAGCUUGUGUGGUUUUAAUUUUUUAAAAUCAUAGUUAUGAUACUUGGCAACACUGCAAUAUUAAGUACGUAACGGCGGAACGCCGCGGCGCGACGGACGGAGGGUUAAAUAUUUUGAUUAGAAUCCGUUCGAUUAUUAUUUUUAAAAUAAAUUUAAAUAUUUUAAAUAAAAUUUUUUAUCAUCACACGUGAGUAAAUAUUUUUAAGAAAAAAAAAAAACUUGUAAUAAGAAAAAGUAAAGUCGUGGUACUGCAUAAUUAUCAAUUAUUUAAAUAAAAUAAUGAAUUAACAUCACGUUUGUCUAGUUCUAAGAAAAAAGUUUCCAUUUAUUUAUACUAAUUUUUAAUAAUUAAAAACUAAAAAUUAUUCUUAUUAAGAAUUCAGCAUAAUUGCAAUGAACAAGAAGUCGAUUACUUUAGUUUUGUAAACAGAACUGACUAAUAUACGAUAGUCUUGCCUUAUAUUAAAAUAAUAUAGAUUGUGAAUUUAAAUCUUUUAAAACUAAUGAAUAAAAAAGAAAAAAAAAUAAUUUUACUAAAAUACAUUUGUAAUUAAGAGUGAAAAAUAGUUUUGAAGCUUUACAGAUCUCAUGUAAUUUAUCUUUAAGAAUAAAGUGCGAUUAUAUUUUUAAAUCCAUUAUUUUAUAUAUUAAAUAUAUGUAAGACAAACUCAUACGAUUGUGAAAUAAAUUUUUAUAAAAAUUA